AUGGCCAGCACAAGCUUAACUGCUUUAUCCUUGACCCCGAAUCCGAGCUUCAAUUGGUUUUUCCUUCUUGAACUCAUUGUCUCCUGUAUUCUCGUGCUCUUCUUCCUGCUCUACUUCAACCGGCUGUUCGCAACCCUCCUCUCCUACGGAAUCCGCGCGUAUACCUGGCAUUAUUACCGCGCCUAUGUCGACAUUCGGGCCCUCCAAAUCUCACCCUUAGGUGGGAGGAUUUUCUUCAAAGGCAUUCGUUAUCACGGCGUGAACGAGACUAUAUUUGUACACGGAGGCUUCAUAACAUGGCAUUACUGGAAACGUACCGUGAGGCGAACGGAUGUGGCAGGUCUGAAGUCCGAUGAUCGAGCAGCAGAAAGAGCACAUGAGUCUGGCGUCGCGGGCGAUGCGGAUUCCAAGACCGGAGACAGAGGAGAGCAAGGCGGACUGAAGCAUGCGGACUCGCUCCCUUGCCGCAUUACAGCAAAGGUCUAUGGCCUCGAAUGGUUCAUAUACAAUCGGACCCCAGCCUACGAGGGCAUCUUGGCUGGGUUCAAUCCAUCGGACCCAUCAUCCUCAGCUACCAAACCACAAUACCCUGAGAGUGACACGCUGGAUCCGAGCUUGAAGAAUGGCGAGUCGGGUGUGCCCGUGGCCGGAUCCGCUCGCGGUGAAGGUCAAGGCAGACCGAACACGACUGAAUCGCAGGGCAUGACUGGCCCAGAGCAGGAAUUGGGGGACGGCAUAUCUAGGUUCCUUCGUCUCCUUCCUAUGAGACUGGAAUGUGAUAAAGGGGCCAUCGUCAUGGGAAAUGAAAAUACGAGAUCGGUUUUGACGACCACUUUCGACAGUGCUACCGGUUUGAUCGAGGCCUGCAAUGCCGGUCCGCUUGACUUAUACAGACAGGUGUUUUCUUUCAGCUUCAGCCACCCAGUCAUUCAAAUGCGCCCAAACCCGGAUUUCAAACAAAAUCAGCUUACCGCCGCAAAGAGCCUCGGAACAACCCAUGAAGACCAAGAUGGAACGAAGCGCAAGCGAGGUGCACUCUUCAACUAUAAGUUGCAGAAGCGCAGAGUCUGGCACAGUAUCCGCGAUCUGAUUCCUUAUUUUCAGAAAUCGGUGGAAUCAUUUCAUGUGAAUGAGAAACAUGCAGACUCUGGACCUAGGAACUCGAUUGAUUUGAGCAGUGAUACCCGCUGGGUAGGACUCUCGCGGUACCUGGAUGAGAGCGCGCAGGAUGACCAUGAAGAGUGGAGUCCGGUGGAAUACGGCAGAUACUCGACGAUUCUCGACAGCCCUGAAAUGUCUGUGGCUUAUUACUGGGACAUUCCUGGGAAUGUCAAAGUAAUUCCACCUUCAGAGAACUCGUCGCCUCCAGAUGCGACAUGGAGAAUCAACAGCGCUCCACCUCCAGAAUGGGGAAUAGAUAUCAAGGUCAACGGCGGCACUAUCAACUAUGGUCCCUGGGCUGAUAGAGAACGAGUCGGAUUGCAAAAUGUGUUCUUUCCCAACGCUUUUCGAAACUCGGAGCCGUCGGAGCCUCUGAAUCCUGGACAGCCAAGACAGACCUCGGCCUUUACCCUACGAGUCGAGAUCAGUGAUGAACUUACGCUGCGGAUCCCCACUCGGGAGCCAUCGAAAGAUUGGCAGUGGAAAGGCCGUGCAGAUACAAUAAGAGGUGUCUCUAAAUUAAAGAAACAGAACAGCAGAAGACAGUCGCAUGUUGCAGAAGGAGACAAGGGUCAUAUCGGUCCCGAUAGAAGGCCUUUUGGGUGGCUGUCGCUCCGUGUGGCUGGCGACUCGACGAUUCGCUACAACAUGGACAUGCUAGCAUCUGCAUCGGGAUUUCAAAGCCAGCUUGAUCUUGAUCUCCGAGACACCAAGCUGUUAUCCAGUGUCAAUCACGCAUUACUGUGGCAGUGCCCAAGGCAACUGAUCACUUGUGACUUGUCUGUCCCUCUUUCCUGGAAUAGCAUGCGUACCUGGAAAUUUGAUGUUGAAAGCCAUGAUUUGGAGCUCUUCCUUCUACGGGACCAUAUUUUCCUCCUGACCGACCUUGUCUCCGACUGGGCAUCGGGCCCCCCUCCGGAGUAUAGCACUUUUGUUCCUUUCAUUUACAAGCUCAAUUUGUCCUUCUCGAACCUCCAGCUGUUUCUGAAUGUCAAUGAUAUGAAUAUCGUGAACAACCCGUCUGACCUGGACGACAAUCGCACAUUAGCCAUCAAGGGCAAACGUUUGUCCUCCGACGUUACUAUUCCUCUGAAUAAGUAUAGGCCCGAGGAAAAUGCUAUUUCUUUCAUUGUCAAUCUCCAAGAUGCUGGUAUUGACUACUUGACCCCCGUCUGGGAUACAAUGCAUGCUUUCCUAUCGAACAAUUCAAUUGCUACGCUCGAAAAGCUAACAAUUGACGGCGUUUACAACUAUUAUCUAACUACAUCUUCCGACCUGGUUGAUACCCUGGUAUUGAACGUCGACGGCUUUUCUCCCAAGCUUUACCUCUUCGGGUUUUUGAUUCGGUCCUUCAUGACCAUUAAAGAGAACUAUUUCGGCGAGGAGAUGCACUUCAAGACACUUGAGGAAUACCAGGAACUCGCGUACCCACAAGAAGAUGCCAAAACUCAGACUGGGAUCAAUCCCACCAGCAAGUCCAAUGACCUUGACGUGAUUGUGCACGUCACCGUCGACAACCCCUACGCUUUGCUGCCGGAGAAUAUUUAUGAUAAUUCAAAUUGCAUAAAACUGACUGCUGCAUCCUUGGAGGCAGACUUGCGAUUUACAAAUUAUUAUAUGGAUCUGUAUUUCUCAAUCGCCCCGCUGAAAGCGGCCUUAGAAUCUAGCAGGUCGGGGUAUCCGCCAGCAAUCUCAGAGACCCAGCUGUUCAUUGACGGCGUCUGUGUUUAUGGCCAUCGUCUAUUCGGCCUACCGCCUUUAGAGCCAACCUAUGUCUGCAACUGGGAUUUUGACAUAGGUCGUAUAAUUGGAGAAUGCUCGACAGACUUCCUCAGCUGUUUGACCGGAGGGCUUAAGAGCUUCGACUUUUCCUUUGACAAUGAAGAGAACGCCCUUCCUCUAUUGAAUCCGUUACAGCUUCAUGAUGUUACUUUCUUGCGCGCUAGGAUUGACUCAGUUCAUGUCUCCGUCCUCUUGGAGAAGGCAGCACUCAUAUUAAGUACUGGUAUCGUGACUACCAGGUUCAAUGAUUGGGCCAACACGAAGUUCUCGAAGCGGAUGAGCCUGCUUGUCCCUGACCUUUCUGUUGCUGCCAUUGAUUACAAGACUCUGGGGCGAUCUGGGAGCCUGUUUCACCAGACUGUUACUCCUCUUGCUCUUCUCGAGUCGACUCUAAGCUUGAGAAUGGUGCAACAGAAAGGUGAUUUCAACGAGAGCCGAAAAUUACAACAGGAACAUGUUAAGCUUCAUGACCGAAGAACACAGCGGACACCUUGGCUGAUCUUUGAUUGGGAGGACAUUGAACCUCAGCCACUACAGGUGGGCGGAGAAGAUUUGUCUCCCCCUACCAUUGCUAUACCCACCAUGCCUGAACCAGUUGCAAGGUAUGGCAGUGUCAGUGGCAGCUCACCUUCCAUGCGCCGAUUUUCGGCAACCGGAAGCAAUCGCAGCUUCGGGAGCUUCUUCGUAACGUCGGAAGUAUCGAGUGUGAAGAGCGGUCGCAAAAGGCGACCUUACAACGCUGAUUACAUGAAGUUCCCGCUUGGAGAUAGAAAAGAUUUGAAUUCCUCCCAAUCAACGGUACGUGGUCGGGAUAUCAGUCAGCAGAAUGAAGGCCGCGAUUGCUCGGAGGUUGCUUCGCUUGAUCACAAUGAUGUCUCAAGCACCUGGUCCAUGCCAGCUUUCUCUCUUUACAAGGUAAAGAUGGAUACUUCCCAGUUACCUCUAGGCCCGGCUUCGCGUGAUAACUCGGUCCAAGGUGACAACGAGGUUAAGAUUGAGCAUCCCUUUUCACACGAAAGUGACGGAGCGACCCAUUCGAACUUUGCCAUAGAGUUGCCGCUGGGCAUUAGGAGCUUUUGCUCUCCCGGAUUUCUUCAUGUCGUGUCUGCUCUAGUUGAGAAACUGCAGCCGAGCCAUCCCAGUGAUAUCAUUGACUCCCUCCAAAAAGACAUCAUUUCAGACAUUGUGGCGUACGAGAAGUCGAUGAGCAGCCCUCGAAAAUGCACUGGAAUUGCCAUUAGGGCCCCUUGCAUGCUUGUUAAGCUGAUCAAUCCCGAUCCUGCUGUCACUGAUGAGUUCAGCUUCCGAGAUGAAUACAGCAUAGAGGUCUCGCAUUUGAAAGCAGAAAUCAAAUCCAGGGUCGAGAGGCGAAAGGGAGAUCUUCUAACGGGGGUCAAAAAGAGCUCGACUGUGCACGCUGCAACAGAAGGCCUUUCAAUCUCAGUCCAAGGUCGUCGCGCUGAUGCAUACCAGGAGAAGACUGAACUGCGCUGUGUCCUGGGCGACAUGAACUUUUGGCUUGUGGCAGGACCCAUGCAGAGGUCCAACCUUCAAAUCAGAUCCUUUGAGACUGUGACUUCAACCAAAUCUGUGGAACACCUCGCUUCCUUAGUCCGCAGAACUACAACCAUGAUUGACUCCAUUGCAUCGUCCUUCAAGCAUAGCCUCUCUAUCGGCGAGAAGCGAUUGCGUUUCCUCGUCUACUCUCUCACCCAACAAGCUGCCAAUAUUCCUGAUCCCUCUUUUCUCAUUCGUAUCUCUUAUGUGCUUAGAGUUGCGCGCACUCAUCUACGGCAGCAUGACUCAUGGAAGAUCAUCUCGCGCCUACGGAACGUUUAUAAGCACUUGUCGCCCGAUCAAACGCGUGAGUUGAUUGCGAAAUGCAUGCAUGGCGAUUUUGAGCUUCCACCCAAUGCUAAAGAGCUGGUGCUGACAAGUUUCGACCAAUGGCGAGCCUGGGAUUUGGCGCACGUCGAGAAGAGUUAUGUGAUGCGAAGUGUCUGGAACAGCUUUGAGCCUCAAACCGCAGGGACAUCAGCUUCCAUGCUCUUCUCUUCUACAGUGAAACUGUUCCGUAUCUCUAUUGACCCCGGCCCUAGGGAAAGUGAUUUCGUGAUACAAGAUUUAUCGACUGCUAUCUCGCUGAAUGCUCCGAAAGAUAGUCUAAAGCUUGAAAACCACGACCAAAAGGACUUAAUAGUCGUGCAGUCUUACUGCGCCUCUGUCAGUCUUCGACUACGAUGGGAGAUCCUCGAUCUUGUUGAAGGGGUCUUAAAAACUAUGUCCACAGUAACCCUUGAGUCGGCACCACCGGCAUCCAAGCAACAAGGCGGCCCAGAGAAACCUAUUGAAUUGCAGCUUGUUCUCGGGGCUGACCUCGGGUCGAUAACGCUCGAUGGCAUUAACGUCAAGCUAGCGUUAGCUGGUAAGGCGCUCAGAAGCUCGCUUGUUCACAAGUCUCAGGACUCAGAGACUGCUGGAACAUCAAGUUUGUUGCUGAGUUCUAGCGCUUGCUACUCGGAAUUAUCCAGCAACUCAAAGUUACUGAUGAUGUGGAGACUUUCAGACCCACAUAUCUACGGCUCUCGUGUGUCCGAUGAAACGAACUCUGAACUGAUUAACGAAUGGAUGAUCGCCGCAUCUUGCAGAAAGCUUCGCUAUGAUAUGAAAGAGGAGCCGCUAAGCCUUGCACACAUAGCUGAUCGACUCAUAGAGGAUGAAGUUCGAUUCAUCUACGAACUUAUCAACAGCGUGGAGUUUCCGGCUCGAGAACAGGGUCCUGUAACCCCUACGAAGCUGGUACACAACAAGUUUCAUGUCGCGGUAUUCCUGGACGACUACCGUUUAAGUUUCUGUAUCCUACCGUCGCUGACUUAUAUCAUCUCUGGCGAGGUGGCGCGGACCUCAAUAACGCCCAGACCGGGAUCCAAAGUUGAGAUAGACUUCGAUUUAAAGAAGAACCUUCACACAUUUCUCUCAAAUGAAGGCGGCCGAUGGCACUCUUUAUCAGUACUCGAGAUUCCCCCAAUCAAUGGCCGGAUCAUCGCCGAUCUUUCACCCAGCCGCACGGAAAUGGAAGUGGACAUAACGAUUGAAGUCAUUCACCUCGAGGCCAGCGCCGUGCGGAGCCUUCUAGGCGCGUUGACAAGGCCGGAAGUCUCACAUUUGAUGGGCGAUCUCAAGCAGAAUCUGGACAUCUUACAACUGCAUCUUGACCACGUCCUUGCGCAUAAGAAAACUCCACCGCAGCGAAAAGACUCUUCAAAUGACCACAUUAUUCUCUACAAGGCGCGCAUGACAAUGGCGGGAACCAUUAUUCAUGCGACAGCACCAGCGCUUGACGGAAAUCACUACUCGGCAGAUCUAGACAUUAAACUCGGAAUGGUUCGCCUCCGCCUGGAUAACGGUCUGGAUGUUGGACACCCAAUGGAAUAUCCUGAAUUCCACGUCGACUCGUCGAAUCUAAGCUUGGAUCUAAAGAGGAAAGAUGUUUCAAGAAGUCGCUCAUACUGCAGCUUUGUUGUCGACGCUAAGCUGCAAGGAACGUCUAUGAAGCGUAACAAUGGCGAAUUGAGACGAGUGUUCCACUUGAGUAGCACGAAGUUCACCGUUGAUUUGUUCCCUGAGAGUGCCGCACUGCUAAUCGACUUGGCUGCUCAUCUUCAGGAGCGCAUAAAGACCCUGGACCUUUCACAUGAAGUGAAACGGUUCAAGAAGCUACGGCGUCGGGGGCAUACAGAAACGGAACGAAAGUCCUUAGAAGUUCCCCGGAUACAGGUCGACGAUGCCGACUCCGCCGAUGAACUCUUCAAUGCUGUAUAUUCCUUGGACUUCCACAACAUCCAACUCGGAUGGAACAUGAUGACGAUGUCUUCUGGAUUACCGGACAAUAAGUUGGCUGAUUUGGUAUUCUCUAUCAAACGCGUUGAAUUGUCAAACAAGAAGACAAAUGCCGCUAAACUUCGAAUCGAAGAUAUGCAGUUACAGAUGGUGCCAAUCCAUGGCAACCGACACAGGCGCUCACUCAACUCGGCUUUAUUGCCAGAAGUGGUCUUCAAUGUUGCAUAUGCAUCCGCAGGCAAAGAAGUUCGAUUGGCCUUCCAAGCGGCUGGAAAGUCUCUGGAUUUACGAGCUACCUCGGAGUUCAUUCUUCCGGCAAGCAUGAUCCGAGAUUCAAUUGCUUCUGCUGUCCGGACCAUCAGGGAGGCCAAUAAUAUCCUGGUUUCGAAACCUUCCGGAGACAGCGUGAAACUACGCCCUAUCUUUGGGAACAAGCGCUUCCGCUCUGUACUGAUUGAUGUUGACUUUGCUGGAGCCACUGUAUCCCUUCAGGGAAGACAUACGGAUGAUCAUCAGACGAUGCCGACUGCGUCUUUGAAGGGAAACCAGCUUCCUCAGGCAACAUACGGUCAGUAUGUUCAUGGGGAUGGGGUAGCCACUGCGACUUUCAAGGCCCCAGGAGUGGCAUUGAAAGUGCUAUUCGAGGACAAUGGUCGCGAAGACCCAGCUCUCAAUGCGGAACUGAAAAUCGAUGCCUCCACCAAUGUGCUCUAUCCUAGCCUUGUUCCCUUGAUCAAGCAGGUAACAACGACGAUCAAAGAGGUCAUGGGCGACCAUCCAAGGGCCAGACGGCCUUCAAAUGCGGUAAUGCUUCAAUCACAGAAGCUGAUGUCGGAGACACCGCUUGCCAACACGGCCCCGGGAUCAAUCCUGGGCCGUUGCAAAUUGAAUGUUGGGAUCCUGAUUUGCAGGCAGGAGUUUAGCUUGAGCUGCCAGCCCAUAGCUCGAGUGGCAGCCACCACGCAAUUUGACAGUGUCUAUGUCACGAUCAAUACGGUGCAGUCUGACGAGCAGGAGCGGUUCCUAGCUCUUCUGGUGGCUUUUAACUCAUUACAGGCCUCAGUGAAGCAUGUCUACUCAAAUGAGUCGACUGCGAGCUUCGAAGUGAAGUCUAUGGUUAUGUCCAUCAUGAACAGCAAGCACUUGGGCAGCUCAAAGGGCAUCUCAGUCGCUCUUCGAGUUAGUCCCAUGAAUGUUGUCUUGAACGCAAAGCAGGUGCAAGAUCUUUUGCUGUUCCGUGAAAUUUGGUUCCCUUCAAACGAGGAUAUUAGCCCCGGACCGGCUUUCCAGUCGCAAUCUCAAGAUACGCAGGCUUAUAUCGUACAAAGGUACCAGCAAGUUGCAGCGACCCCGGCCUUCCCUUGGAAUACAACGAUCUCAAUUGAAAAGCUAGAGAUACAGCUUGACUUGGGAUCUACUCUAGGCAAAGCUCAAUUUGCAAUUCACGAUCUCUGGCUCUCGACCAAAAAGACAUCGGAUUGGGAACAGAUACUCUGCGUCAGCUUCAAUACUGUGGGUAUUGAGAGCAAAGGCCGGAUGAGUGGCCUGGUUGAACUGCAGACCUUCAAAGUCCAUACCUCAAUCAAUUGGCCUCAUGACCAGCAGGAGAACCGGACUCCGCUCAUCCAAGCAUCCAUUUCCUUCGGCAAACUGGAUGUGAAGGUCUCAUUCGACUACCAGCCUUUCCUAAUCGCCCACAUCUCUCGGUUUGCAUUCUUGAUGUACAAUGUUCGACCUACAGCGGAUGCGCCCAGCGAGCGGCUUUUCAGUAUUCUCGAUGGAGACCAGGUCCAGGUGUAUUGCACCAGUAUGACUGCUUCUCAAGCCUUGGCUCUGUUCCAGGCCUGGAAACGACUUGUACAAGAUAAGCAAGCCGCGUACGAAGCAUCCUUGCAAGACAUUGAGCGGUAUCUACGCCGGAAGACCUCCGUUUUCUCGGAGAAGACCGAGGCAAGCUCAAAGGAAAUCUCCAAGCCUGCGAAAGAUGAGGCGGAAGACACGCCCAUCUCACUACACACCGGGGUUGUUGUUAGUAUCAACGCGGUCACCAUAGGCGUGUUCCCGCGCUCGUUCUUCGACAACCAUGUCUUCAAACUCGAGGCACGGGAUGCGCAGGCGCGAUUUGACGUCUCACUCGACAAUGGCAAGAUUCACAGCGCGCUAGGUCUUACCCUGGGCCAGCUGAGGGUUGCUCUAUCCAACAUUGUUCGGUCCGGAUCCAUGGAGGCAGAAGAAAUGCUACUGGUCAGUGAGGUUGGCAACCGUGUCACUGGAUCCCGCGGGGGCACGAUUCUCAAAGUGCCGCGACUUGUGGCUCGGAUGGAGACCUGGCAGGUGCCUGGUUCUCACCAGAUCGAGUACAUCUUCCAAAGCACGUUCGAGGGCAAGGUGGACGUUGGAUGGAACUACUCCCGCAUCAGCUUCAUCCGGGACAUGUGGGAAUCGCACUCUCGCGCGUUGGCCUCCCGGCUCGGGAAGCCGCUGCCCCCGUCCGCGGUCCGCAUCACGGGGGCACUGAAUGCCGAGGGGGGCAGCGGCGGCGGCGGCGGUGCCAAGAGUGAGUCGCAGGAGAAGAUCACGGCGGUGGUCAAUGUGCCGCAGUCGAAGUAUAGCUAUGUGGCGUUGGAAACGCCGGUGAUCGAGACGCCGCAACUGCGCGACAUGGGCGAGGCUACCCCACCACUGGAAUGGAUUGGGCUUCAACGCGACAAGCUGCCCAACAUUACUCAUCAGAUCAUCAUUGUUACCCUGCUGGAGAUUGCGAAAGAGGUGGAAGAUGCAUAUGCAAAGAUCUUGGGAUCAUCGUGAUGCGAUGCAGCACUUUACUGCUGCGAUGUCGAUGUCGAGUCUGUGCAUGGGGCGGCGUGAACCAGCAGUGAUUGUU